CUCUCCCGGUGCUGGAGCGGGAAGCAGCCGGCCCUAACAUCCGGGCUCGGCGGCGUGAGGAGGCCGCCUCGGUGCGGUUCUCGCUUUCUGCCCCCCUCCCGCUGCCGAGCGUGAGGCGGCUCGCCCAGGGGAGACACGCGCGGGGCGUGCGCGGCAAGAUGGCAGCGCUGGCCCUCAGAAACGCGUGAGGCAGCUGCCGCUCUGCUCCAGGCCGAACAGCCCCGGCUCUCUCAGCCUGUCCUCACAGGAGAGGUGCUCCAGCCCUCUGAUCGUCCUCAUGGCCCUCCUCGGGACCUGUUCCAACAGGUCCACAGCCUGCUUGGGGUACCUUGCAAGUAGUAGAUGUGGCCAGUAUGUUGACAUUGGGAUUCUAGCAUCUGAUUUGCAGAAAACGUACAGUGCCGAAUAUGGACGAAGAAAAAGAAAUGCUUUUAGAAUACAAGUUGAAAAAGUGUUUGGAAUAAUCAGUAAUGAAAAAGAACAUGAAGAUUUAACAAUUUUAGAAGCUGAACACGUGGCAAAAAAAGCAAGACGUGGAGAAGAGAAAAAUGAGACUGCAGGAAGUACCACAGAUAUCUCUGAUGAUGAUGAUGAUUAUCCAGAAGAUCUAUCUACAAAUCAUAUGAACAAUUCCCUGCUGACGUUAUACAAGAAAGGAAAUCCUGAUUCUGUUCCAGCCACUCCAAAAAAUGAACCAGUGGAAACCUCUUCUCCUGUGCAAACAGCACCUCAGAGAAGCACCCUUUCAUCAGGAUCCUGUGCUGAAACUCGGAUCUCUGAAGGUGGCUGGUUCAUUGAUAAAACUCCAUGUGGAAAAGACUUUUUCAUUGACCUUUCUGAGGAUGGAGAAGGAGAUGAGAAGAAAUUGACUUCUGAGAAGUCAACAGAAUUUUCUGUCUUGGAGAGUGAAAAAAAGAAGACAAAGGGUAAGAGAGCAAAAAGAAAAAAAGAAGAAGUUCCAGAUGUAGAUGGAGAAAUUAAUUCCAUCCUACUUAAAGGGAAAGUUACAAGUAAGGGACCAGAGCUUUACCACCCUUCAGUGAAGUUUGAGGAUGUAGGAGGCAAUGAUGAAACUUUGCAGGAAAUAUGCAAGAUGCUGAUCCAUGUUCAUCAUCCCGAAGUCUAUAACCACUUAGGUGUGGUUCCACCUCGGGGUUUUCUUCUACAUGGACCACCAGGAUGUGGAAAGACACUACUUGCACAGGCUAUUGCUGGGGAACUUGAGCUCCCGAUGUUGAAAGUGGCAGCAACAGAAAUGGUGUCUGGAGUGUCAGGAGAAUCUGAGCAGAAACUGAGAGAACUGUUCGAGCAGGCUGUGUCCAAUGCACCGUGUAUCCUUUUCAUUGAUGAGAUUGAUGCGAUCACUCCAAAAAGAGAAGUUGCAUCGAAGGACAUGGAGCGGAGAAUUGUUGCCCAGCUCCUAACUUGUAUGGACGACUUGAAUAAUUUGGCUGCCACUGCCCAGGUCCUUGUUAUUGGAGCAACUAACAGACCUGAUUCUUUGGACCCUGCACUGAGGCGAGCUGGGAGAUUUGAUCGAGAAAUUUGUUUAGGGAUACCAGAUGAAGCAGCAAGAGAAAAAAUUCUUCAGACACUGUGUCGAAAACUUAAGCUCCCAGAGUCCUUUGACUUCCUUCAUUUAGCCCGUCUGACUCCAGGUUAUGUAGGUGCUGACCUGAUGGCACUUUGUCGUGAGGCAGCUAUAUGCACAGUGAACAGGGUCCUGAUAAAAUCUGGGAAGUGGCAAAAGAACUACGUACAGGCAAGAGGAAACACAGCUGAAGAAAGCGUGGGAAUAGGAACAGAAAUCCAGGUGGAACAGGAUGCCAAACAGCUACAGCUUCCUUCUAAGGUUGAAUUACAGAGACUUUUGGAUUUGCUGAAGAAGCAAGACCCUUUGCCUGAGGAGCAGCUGCAGAAGCUGUGCAUUGAGAUGAAUGAUUUUAUUGUUGCAUUGUCAUCAGUGCAACCCUCUGCCAAGAGAGAAGGCUUUGUCACAAUUCCUGAUGUAACAUGGGCAGAUAUUGGAGCCCUGGAAGAUGUUCGGGAGGAGCUGACUAUGGCAAUAUUGGCACCUGUGCGGAACCCAGAGCAGUUUAAAGCUCUGGGCCUGACUACUCCAGCUGGUGUUCUGCUUGCAGGGCCUCCUGGGUGUGGCAAAACGCUAUUGGCUAAGGCUGUGGCAAAUGAGUCUGGACUGAACUUCAUAUCUGUGAAAGGUCCCGAACUGCUAAAUAUGUAUGUUGGUGAAAGUGAACGUGCUGUACGUCAGGUAUUCCAGCGUGCCAGGAAUUCAGCCCCUUGUGUUAUAUUUUUUGAUGAAGUUGAUGCUUUGUGCCCUCGGAGAUCUGACCGUGAAUCAGGAGCCAGUGUUCGAGUAGUUAACCAGUUACUCACAGAGAUGGAUGGUCUUGAGAAUCGUCAGCAGGUUUUCAUUAUGGCUGCCACAAACAGGCCAGAUAUAAUUGACCCAGCUAUCCUGCGUCCUGGUAGACUGGAUAAAACACUCUAUGUGGGUUUGCCACCGCCUGAAGAUCGACUUGCUAUUCUGAAGACAAUCACCAAAGACGGCACCCGGCCUCCACUAGAUAUGGAUGUAAACCUUGAAGAAAUUGCUUACAGUCAACAUUGUGAUUGUUAUACAGGUGCAGACCUUUCUGCUUUAGUACGUGAGGCUUCAAUUUGUGCAUUGAGACAGGAAAUGGCCCUGUGGGAUAGUAAAAGCAAGAAAGGAGAAAUCAGGAUUUCCCAUAAACACUUUGAAGAAGCUUUUAGGAAAGUGAAAUCUUCAGUAUCAAAAAAGGAUCAGAUAAUGUAUGAAGAAUUGCGUCAGUCACUGUGCAGGUGACACAUCUGGACAAUUCCUAGAGGAGUCUUAUUCUACAUGGAGUUUUUUUAAUAUCUGCACCAGAUUUCAAGAGACAGGUUGGAAAGAAGCUGUACCACAUCUCCCUCAACUUUUUACGCAGCACCUGAAAAAAAGUCAUUAUAAUCGACUGCUGUAAACAAUCCUUAGUUUAACUACUUACAGAAUAAAAUAUACAAUUUCUACUUAUCACCAUAAAAAAAUGCUUUUAGUGCUCAAGAUCAAAGGCUAUUUUCAUACAAUAUUUGGUGCCCUCAGUCAGAAAACCCUCAGAAACACACAAGCUAACCCUUCAAUAUUUCUACUGCUCUACUAGCUGUUUUCAACUGUUAAUGAAAACAGCUAUGUUUUCAAGAACAAGGACUCGAAGAAUUACACAGGGCAAAGAGCUGUGAAAGUAGACUGGGAAGGUGUUGCACUGUUUGUUACCAUACCAGUGAUCAUGCCUUUUCCAAAUACAGUGACACAUGAUGAACUUCUGAUGAGCAUCAGAAGUUCUCAGAGCUUCUGCUGUCUUCUUUUCAUGUUAUCAAAAGAAGCGAAGCUAUCCAGAGCUAAGCAAGCUGUCUCAAUUAUCUACGAGACAGCAAGUCUGUAUAGACCUAUACAAGAACCACCUAUGUUAACUAAACUUUCUGUUCUACCUCUACAACUGUACAGUUUCUUACAUUUAAAAGUAAAGUUUUUGCUUUACAGGAAAGCUUCAACUUUUUGAAAGCAAGCUGUGAAGCCUUUUAGUACAAUAACUUACUCAAUUCACUUGACCAUUUGAAAGAGCUGACCAAUGGAAAAAAAACAAAUCCAUCUGGAGCCAUAUGAAAACAGUAUACGCUACCUCAAGUAUCUAGUUUGAAAGUGCAAGCAGUUCUGCAUUUAGGUAGAAUUAUAGCCUUUUUUUAAACCUGUGGCAUACAUUGCUUUCAAACAAAAAAUACAUUACAUAUAAAAACUUGAUCAUGAACAGAAGAAAAGUCUUUGCAACUUCAGUGAUACAAUUUAAGAAAUAUUUGGCAUCCUUUCUUGGAAAAAUGCAUGGCAAGCAAGACACUUUUACAAUUGAAAAUAGCCACAGGAAUGUUUUCUCCUUUAUGGAUAUAAAGAGGAAAAUCCUGUAGCAGACUUAAGUAUAACUGUAGCUGAUGAGCUUAUGAAUGAGUCAGAUCCUCAAGUCCUGGCAUAUCCACCAAGAAUUCUCAUUCUUUCCUCUUACAAUGUUAUUAUUUCUGUAUAUAUAUGGAACAAGUAAGCAGAGUAGGAACAAGACCAAGGAGGUAGUACUGUUCAAGCAGUAGUAAUAUUACUAUUCAAGUAGUAAUAACAGUAUAGCCUUGUCAAAACGUAUCUUAAUAUUAAGAAGAAUGAUCACAAGACACCUUGAAAAUGUGACACUGGGAAAGCAACUGGGGUGCAGGAAGGUUUGAAGUUACCAGAAAAGUUGAAAAAUUGAAAGAGGUGAGCUAUCCAUAUCCUGUUUGCUUACCUUGUCUGGGCUAUGCUUGUCAAGGAGCAGGAGAGCAGGCAACUGAACUCUUGACUGUUCACACAAGAAAGUUCGGCACCCACAUGGCUACUUUUUCUUGUAGGAAAUUCUGCUUAGGCUACAAUACUCAGAAAAAAACUAGAUAAGCAAUAAAAUGCAAGAUUACUUGUGCCUGUACAUAGAGAACAGGCAUUCAUACAAUACAGAGACCACUACCUUGUUCUGCAUAUACUAUUUCUUUACUAGCAGAUGGAGCUGGAGGUCUCCCUCUAGUCAUCUUCUUGAUCUCUUGAUCUUGUCCCAACAGAAACAAAAUGUUCAUCUUGUCAUUCUUCUCUCACUUCUCAGGAGGCUAGUCACAUAUCUAAAUCACAGUAAUGAUUCUGUAGCAGGGCAUGUUAGAUAGUAACAAGCAUAGAUGGCAUCAGAGACAGUCCAGGGAACUGUCAACACAAUUCACUGCCUUUGGUUUUGGCUCAAUAGGAAACAUUUUCAACAAUUCUGUCCUUCCUUACAUUGCAGGCUCAAUUAUGAAACAGAGGAUUUGAUAGAGCAUUGCAUACAUAGAGUUGCAUUGCAGAUUGCAAUACCAAGGGCAUAUCUGCAAUGUUUAGGCACACGUACUUAUCAGAUUGCUUGUUUGUAGACAGUCCCAGGAAAAGUCUUAGUAGACCUAGAAGGGGCUCCAUGCUUUGCAGUGUGCAAGGUUAAAAACAGAAGGACUUGCUUUGCCUUAGUUCUUUCAAGACUCUUUCAAAUUUACAAACAAGUGCACUUUCUAAAAGCUGCCUUGGACCACUUACCAGGCAAGUUCACUACCAGAAGUGAACUUUUCUCCUCUUCAUCCAAUAGGAUGAGGGUGGUAGAGCCUGCAAGUUACCUAGAAAAGAUCAAUUUUCCAGUAUUUGGAGAUUUUUAUUUUUACAUGUGUCAUGUGCUUGACAACUACAUAGGAAGAAACCUUAAUAUAGAUACAGAACCAAAAGUCAUAACUACUUUUCAACUGAUACUGGUUCUAAGUAAUAAGUCUUGCCUUGGAUCUGAAAGUAGAGUUGCACAGCCAGAAAGGUGCAGCCAUUUAAUCCAUGAUAAUUGGCUACUGUUCUGGAACAGA